AUGUCGGCCAAGUCGAGUCAACAACUUCCGCCAAAGGAGAUGGCUUUGUUUAGAAAGCUGGUGGUAAGUAAUAUAACCUUGCCUGGUAGUUGAUUUUUAGAUUAAAACAAAGGUAUUUUGAUCUAUUUUUUGUUUUUAAAUGUUUUUUUUAAUUUUGUUUUUUUGGAUAAUGUUUCAUUAUUUUUAGCGAUCGUAUGAGCAAAAACAAUAUAAACAAGCUCUGCGUUGUUCCAAGCAAAUUCUGGCCAAUCCUCAAUUUGCUGAUCAUGGCGGUAAGUAGAUUGUUGUUUUGUUUUCUGGUUUAGGAGGAUUAUUAUAUUGUUUAUGGAUUAAACUAACUGAGCAGAAGGACAUAAAGCACAUGAUCUUAACUUUGUCAGCAUAUGUCGUACAGUUGUAUAAAGAAAAACUCAAAAUUAUGAAAAACUGUUUCAGAGACGAUAUGCAUGAAAGGCCUGAUCUUAAAUUGCAUUGGAAAGCACGAAGAAGCCAUGGAGAUGGUGAAGAAAGGUUUGAAGGCUGACAUCAUGUCCUAUGUCUGCUGGCACGUCUAUGGCCAAGUUAAUCGAAGCGACAAGCAGUACGAAAUGGCCAUGAAGGCUUACAAGCGGGCUUUGACUUUGGACAAUCAGAAUCUGCAGAUUCUUAGAGAUUUGGGUUUGCUGCAGAUUCAGAUGCGCGAUUAUAUUGGCUACAGGGUAAGGUUGCGUAGUUGCUACACAUUUUUUGUUGAUAAGGUGUUUAGAAGAUGUUGUCUGUAACCGUAGUUUAUUUUCUGGAAACCCGUUGCUAUUUAUUAUCUUAUUUUUUGUUUUCAGGAUACUCGUUAUCAGUUAUUGGUUGUCAGACCUCAAAACAAGGCUAAUUUGGUUGGAUACGCUAAUUCUUGCCAGAUGGUCGGAGACUAUGACACUGCUAUGAAAGUGCUUGAAGAUGUUUUGAAAAAUGUCAAGGUAUUUUUUUUAUUAUAAGGGCAUGGAAAUUUUUACUUACUAUUUUAUUUUGUAAAAUUCUAUGGCUAAUAUAUUGCAGAAUAAUGAAGCAGAGAAAGGCGACCUUAUCUUAUACAAGGUCUCGUUAUUGGUCGAGUCGAAAAAGUAUUCUGAAGCUUUGGAGUUCUUGGAAGAAAAUGCUAUGACUAUUCCUGAUCGACUUACAUAUCUCGAAACUCGAGCUGAUCUCUUGUUUAAGGUCGGUCGAAUUUCUGACGCUAAAAAGGCCUACGAAUGGCUACUGAAGAGAAGUCCGGACAACGUGGACUAUAUGAAGAGAAUCGAAGAAACUAUUCGUCUUAGUAAGUGUUUAAUUUUUGGUUGAUUUUUCUUUUAGGUAACAAAUUUUUGAACACAAUUAUAUAGAGGAAUUCGAAUCUGCUUGUUACGGAGGAGUUUGUUGUACGGUAGUUCUACUGUAAUCUGUGUUAUACUUUAAUAGAUAUUUAGCUAACAAAAAAUUACUUUCAGAUAACCCUGAGACUUCGGAAGAUUCGAUUAAAGAGUUUUACGAAACUUUGAUCAAGGAAUACCCAAGAACCAGGAUUCUUCAGAUUCGACUAUUACUUCAUAUUCAGAAUCGCGAUGAAUUUAAGGACGAAUUUGUUAAGUUUUUGGUGGCUGGAUUGAGAUCCGGACUGCCAUCGUUGUUUACUUGUCUUUCACCGUUGUAUGAGGACCCUACAAAGGUAUGUACUUGUUUUUUAAAUAUUAAUGUUGAGAAUGCUACCUUUCAAUACUAUUGUCGUUUUUGAUUUUUUAAAUUUAUAAUUAUUUUUUUAUCUUAGUGGUCUUCUUGUGUUAUUUGUUUUAUUUUACAUGUAAUAUUUCAGAUGGAGUUUGUAGAAACAUUCUUGGUCGAUUUUGUGAGAAAAUCGAAGGAAUUUGGCUACGAGAAGGCAUCUUUGGACGGUUCACCUCAUCCUGAAUUACCUAUAACGAUAGUUUGGGUAUGGUACUAUCUAGCUCAACAAGUAUCACUGCAAAAGCGCUAUCCAGAAGCUCUGGGUUACAUUGAAGAGGCCAUCAGUCAUACUCCAACGUUGGUCGAUCUUUAUGUUCUCCAGGCGAAAGUGCUCAAAAAGAAUGGCGAAGUUCAGGUAUAUUUUGUGUUUAAUUAUUUUCAGGGCGUUUUAUAAAGUUUAAAAGGAAAUAAGAGGUAUUAUUAUGAAUUUUUAUUUUGGUUUUUAGUUUUUUGAUUAAAAGUUUUUUUACAGCUCGCUUCUGAAGUAAUGGAAGAAGCGCAAAGUUUGGACACCGCUGACAGAUACCUGAACUACUUGUCGGCCAAGUAUCUUCUGAAAGCUGGAAAGAUGGCAGAAGCCGCGAAGAUGUGUGAAAAGUUCACGAGGGAAGGAAUGUCAGCUGAAGAUGCGCUGCAAGAAAUGCAGUGUUUGUGGUACCCAUGGGCUGCUGCUAAAGCCUACAAGGAACAGGGACAAUUGGGAGAAGCCCUGAAGAGAUGUCAUCAAAUUGAACGAGUAUGCUUCAACUUUAAGAUUUUAUAUGAAUUGUUUUUUUUUGAAAUUUAAAAGUGGGCUUUUGGUUAUUAAACUUCAUACCCGUAUUUUACUUUAAAAAAUAAUUUUCUUUUUUAAAAAGUUUAUUUUUUAGAUUGUCACGGCAUUCUACGAAGAACAAUACGACUUCCACACCUAUUGUAUCCGAAAAUGCUUCAUGACUCCGUACGUGUCUAUGUUACACUACCUAGACCAAAUUCACUCCAACCCCUUCUACAUUAAGGCCGCCAAGCUGGCAGCUGAAAUCUACAUGGACUUGACCGAACAUCCGAACGGAAUCCCAGAAAAGAAGGACACCGUAGAGUUGGAGAAUCCAAACCUAAGUCCUUCUGAAUUGAAGAAGCUGAAGAGAAAGUUGAACAAACAGAAGGCCCAAGAAGAAGAGAAGUUGGCCAAGGAACAGCAGAACCAUAAGGACAAGAACCAGAAGAGAAAGCCGUUGGACGGAGAGGCUGAUGUUGUGGAAGGCUCUCCAUUGGACCCCAAGAAGCUGACGGCUACGAAGACUCCGUUGGACGAUGCUGCCAAACUUAUUCAACCCGCUCUUCUGGUCGGUUCCAAGUCGGUCGCUUUCUACUUGACCGUCUUUAGGUUAUACCAAUUGAGGGACAAGGUAAAUUUUUUAAAAGUUUUUUAUAUUGCUCAAAGGAAGAUCUUAUUUUAUUUAUAUAUUUGUUAAUGUUAGACUUUUGAAAGUGGUUUUUUGAUGUUAUUUUUAAAAAAAUUUAUUUCAAUUGAUAAUUAUUGUUUUCAGCCGUUAAUAAUGGUAAAGGCCGUGAGUAAUGUGGCCAAGCUUGGCGAUAAACAAACAGCAGCUAGUUUGUCGCAAGAAUUGGAAGCUUAUUGUAAGUUGUUGUUAAUGCUUUUAAUACAAAACUUUUUUAUCUUUUUAUAGUUAUUUACAACUAUUUGUUAUCAAACUCCUUUUUAAGAUACAUUUGAACAGUGAUUUUUUGAAGUAAAAUUUACUUUUUUUUAAAUUACUUAAUGUUGAUUUUUUUAGUGAAAUCAAAGUCAGAGAACCUGGACGAGGUGACCAAAGAGACCAUUGGUAAAGUUCUACAAGAUAUAAGAGCGGGCAAGCUGGAAGAGGACAUGAGUAACCUCAAGUUGAAUGGAACCAAACAUUAG